GUUUCAACAUCAGUCCGAUUCUUUCGCAGGAAGUUAUGUGGAUUUAUUAGAAAGCUACAGUAACCGUGAUGACAUAUCGAGAUUGUCGUCGACAGAAUCCAAACGUAUCAUAUAGUCAAUUAUGCACUUUUGCAGAAGGAAAAGACGCAUGUCAGUUCGACAGCGGCGGUCCCGUUCUUUGGCAGAAUCCUACGACGAAGCGAGAGGUUCUCGUGGCUGUUAUCAGUUUUGGGUUUGGUUGCGGCGGGGAAAAACCAGGAAUCAACACACGUGUUGGUACUUACAUGGAUUGGAUCCUAGCUGUAACGCCGGGUACCAAUUACUGCAAGUCCGAAUGAAAAGUAUAUAAACGACAAAUGUAUACAAAUUUAUUUAAUCUAUUAUUUUAGAUUGUAGACUUCGAUUACUGUGUUAUUUGUA